CGACAAGGUGAAGGGCUAGAUAAUCCCUACGAGGUCCACCAGUUGACAGCGCUGUUGUGGUGCGAGGAUGCCUGGUCAAAGGUUAGUGCUUCGACCAUACGCCACUGUUGGAAUCAUUCCGGACUCUUAGGUCAUCAGUUCAUUUUGAAAUAA